AUGGAUUCGAUGCGGAAUCGCUUCUCAGACUCUAACAGCCGCAGUCGCAUGUUGGAUAUACUGCGCCGCGAGGCUGAUGCAUCAAAAACCAUUUAUCGCGACACCGAUGACUCACGCGUCUCUAACGACCCGGAAGACAAUGAAUCUACUGAGUCAGAAGUUGGAAGUGAUGAUCAGGACCCAAAUCUCGACUUGAAUUGUGACACACUGGAUACGAAUCUUGUUUGGUCGAAGCUCCCAAUGCAGGAGAAGAGGGAAUUUUGUCGUCUGAUUAACAGCGGAGAAAUAAAGAACUAUGUGCCUCUAUGGGUUCCGUGGUGGCAUGUCAAGAACGAUGCAAUUGUUGAGGUGGACCAUUCGGUGGAUGUCACAAACAAUCCCUCUCUCCACCGGUUGCCACCGCCACUACGGCUCAGUGAAAUUUUUCCCUCUGGAAAAUUACCACAUCAUUCCGUCGUCUUUGUGUUGCUCGAUGUACUCCUCGGAUACGCCUUCAUUGCUCGAUUGUACAACGGCGAUUACAUGGACCUAAAGCACGAAGCUGCCUCCAACUUUUGCCAGAUUGUGGCGUCAUUCGGCUGUUCCCGUAUUUCAAAGUCGCCACCGAAGGAAAAGAGCAGAGACACAUCUCGAACGGUGAUUCUCAGCCCAAUCAGUUCGCGAAUUCCUCCGACUUUCUCUUCCGUAUCACAAGUGGUCGGGUCUGUCCAGAUACGGUUGUGUCAGUUGAAAUUCCCGUGCAGUCCUCAAACAAUGGUCGUUCUUUUGGAGGACGCUGUGGCCUUGACAAGGACGGUUAAUAACGUUGGUCAUGCUCUAGAGGACGCGCAUAUCUUGAUCAAUUCCGUAAGGUCCGGUAUAGAUACGGAAGGUCCAACCGAACAUGAAGCGCCAAAGAAGCAGUUGCUGAACGCUCAUCACAAACUUGCUUUCCUACGGAGUUGCUUCAGUCUGCAAGACCCGACUGCUGUGGAAUGGCAAGCCACCGUAUUCCCCACCUUUCAGUCCCAGUUAUCUGUAGAAUUAUGCAAGCAGAUAACCAGCUUUAGCACAGAGAACUCCAGACCUGUAGAACCAGCCGCAGGGCCCAACUGGCGGCAAAUGAUUCGUGACAGUAAAGAAAGGGUGAUUACCCAGUUGAUCUCUGAAUUUGCCAAGGACAGUUUCUAUGACGCUCUAGGUGCCCUUCUACAGCAGACUAAAAGCUCAGAUAUCGUUGUGGUUGCUGGUGAUAUGAACGCCCAGGUAGGUAGACUAAGCGCUGCUGAGGCCCGAUUGGGCGGUCGUCUUGGUUUGGACACGAGUCGUACAGACAACGGAGACCGAUCACAGACUGUUCCCUUGCAGUACGAAUUUCCGGAACAGCGAAAAUCGCUUGACAACGUGGUGCCCACCAACAAACCGGCCCCUAAUCUAAGUAGACCAGAUCGCCGUCAGUUAUCAGUGGCGACGGUUGAUCACCGCCUGCCGCUCCUUCUGGAACAGCAGCGUUGA